CUCUCAAUUCUCAGGAUUACCUGCGAUAUGACGUGCAAAAGCAAAGAACCUGCUCUUCCCAUAUCUGCUUCCACCUUGCUGGUCAUACCUGACGAAGGUUAUAUAAACCUCGUUCGACAGCCCUCCCCGGGAAACGACCGUCCUGGCUUGUUCACAUCCCUAGCCUUUCUCUUAUCUAUCCAAUACAAACAGUUAUCCAAUCCAAAAUGGCCUCCGUCAAUGUCAGCUCCGAGUUCAUGACGAACAUGGUCUCCGGGGGCCCCGCCCCGGUUUUUAAACCCGGUCCUACCAACAGACCCGGUAACAAUGGAAGACAGUUCCAUAACGUCAUGGACGAAAACGAUCGCCAUAUGGUCAUUGGUCUGUCGGAUGAUGAGAACCCAAGGCUUGAAAUCAUCCGUCACAAUGAACACGAUGCCCAGCAUGUUCUCAAUCUGGGGGCUUGUUUUGACAUUCCUGAUAACGCCCCCAUCCAAGCGUUCCAGGUUCUUCAGGAUUUUUAUCGCACACUAUAUCUUGCGUUCGCUUAUUCCACCAGUUCUACUACGUCCCAGGUGGUGUUGGCAAAGCCAUUUGCGCCAGAUUCCUUGGUUCACGGUGCCAAGCUGGAGACGGUUGAAGGAGACUCCACGCAAUUUGAGUCUGUUGAUCAGAUAGUCAUGACACCGAUAAUGAAGCAUUCUCAUACACCCACUUACCCCCUGGUCGUCCUUGUCCACAAGCUUCGCAAUCAACCACAGACAUGGUCAGAGUUUACGACGCAAAUCCUGACAAACGAUUCCUUCAGUAAGUGGUCAGCAAUGAAGACAUUUGGUACUUUCAAGAGGGCGUGGGAGAUCUUGGAUCCGCCAGACACCACGGGAAUUAUACAGAUUGUUCCGGCAACCUUCGAUCAGUUUCACGGUAUUGCUGUGCUAUAUAAGAAGGAGGACGGGACAAUGCAAAUCAUUGGCAAUUUUCUUUACUUACACGGCAAAGUUGCGCUUGAUGUGACACGCAUAGUGAAGUGUCCCCAAGGCAAGUCACUCCGUCCACAUGGGAAUGAAAGCUUGGCCCAGAAAGUCGUUGACGGAGAAAAACCAGGCACAGCGAUGGCGAUUGCCUCUGUGGGGGACAUUUCAGCUGCAACGAUGGGAAUCUACAUUUCCACCGCAGAUGGAAUCUACUAUUCCCGUUUCCAUCUAGUCGGCACACAUUCACGGGACCCGAUUUUGGUGAGCGGAGACGCGGAUGUGCGAGGCUGCCAGUCCAUGGAAAUCACGCAAUAUCGGCCGGGACGAGCAGACAGCCUGACGACAAUUCUAUGGUUUACCAACGAGAAAGGCGAUUUUGGUUACAUGCUGUCAUCUCCACCGGGCGAGCCCGAGCCCAACCACCCUAUCCCCAAUCCCAAGACCACUUUGAUCCUCCCGGCCGGCGAAGCCGUAUAUACUGCACCGAUGACGAUUCCCCCUCCAAAGGACCGUAAGGGAGAUCCAAUCGGCCCUGUGUGGAACUCGGUGAUUCUCGCCAAAACAGAUGGAAAUCUGGGUCACCUGGAACAAGCAUCGGACACUAGACGAUGGCUGGAUAAGCCGUUCUACUUACAUCACGAUGAGGGGUUGUACGAGGUCCGCAGCUACAGUACCACCAUCAAAGUGCUGCAUGAGAAUGGGUCUCCUCUUGCAGACACACCGGUCCGGAUUUCGUCUUCGUCUGCGGUGACGGGGUACUUGAAUGGGAAAAAUGUGACCCUGAACCCAGACUCCGCGUGGUACAAGACGGAUGUUGAGGGGGCUCUGAGCUUCAUUAUCCCGACCACGUCGAUGGCCUCUCCGAUCAUGACCAUCGCGGAGCUGGAACUGUCGGACAAGAAAGUUUCCAUUGAUAGGGUCUUCGAUCCAUCCAAGAAGGUGGUAGACAGACUACACGACAAGAUUCAAGGGAUUGAGACGAUCGACGACAUGAAGAAGCUGAAAACCCAACAGAAUGAACCUCUUUUUAAUAGCGAGAAUAUGCCCAGCGACGAGCACCUCCAAGCUGCCUUGGGACAUCUCAAGCUACUCAAAUCCUUCCACCAGGAGUUGCCUCCGAAUGGUACUGUUAAGACUGGCAACCCACAGCACGGGGACCCCAUUCCACCCCCCGGAGGCUUUCUCGAUUUUGUCGAGGAUGCAUUCCACUAUGUUGUGAAGAAGGUACAAGAGGUGGUCCACUGGGUGGUCCAGAAAGCGGACGAUGCCGUUCAUUUCAUAUGUCAUGUUGCGAACAAAGUGUUCGAAUUUGUGGUGAACACAGUCGAGAAAGCCGUCCACGUGGCGACUUGGGUCUGGAACAAGAUUAAGAUCGGAUGGGACGAGCUCCGAGACUUUGUGGGGUUUAUAUUCGAGUGGGACGACAUCAUUCGGACCAAGGACCAAGUCUCCGCCCUCGUCACCUCUGGGAUCGACUAUGCGGCCAGCAAGGCCGUAAAAUUCGAGACUACUAUUGAGGAGGCGUUGGAUAAGUGGUUGGAGGAUGUUACAGACUACACCCCCCCUGAUGAUAUCAAAGCAAGCGCCCAUAGAGAUGCGGACGAAUCACCGCUGGAGGUCCUUUUAUCCGACACCGCAACUGCUUGGAUGGGAGAAAGGCUCAAGAACGGUGGCAUGUUGAUGCCAUCACCGAUAGAUGACUCGGACUGGAACCCGGACCACCUGGCAACGAACUGGUGGAAGAAAGCCCAAGAGCCUCUGACAAGAGUCAUAACCCAAUGGCAAAAUAUCGCCCAGAUAAUCAGCGACCUAUGGGCCGUUGGACAGUCUCUCUCAGCGAAAAAAGCCACCGAUAAUCUAAAGGAGUUUCGAAACACAGCCAUCACAAUGCUCCGAAAGCUCGUCUAUGGCCUGAUUGAUGCGGUCAACGGCGUCUUCACGAUGAUCAAGAACUACGGAACAACAGAGAUUAAGAUUCCCGUUAUUAGCGGCUUGUACAAGAAGUUAACGGGUCAUAGCUUGACCGUCUUUGGUGCCAUCGCUUUUAUCACUGCCGUUCCCACGGCGGUGAUUACGAAGAUCGUGAUCCAGUCCGCACCACCAAUCAUCAAGAACCUAAACGGCGAUCUUUUGGGUCGGCUGCUUGGGUUAGAAGGUGAAAAAGAACCACGAUCGAUGGAGUACGCAAACACAUCAUGUUCCUGAUGAACUCGGCCAAGAAAGGUAGCAGUAGUGCGACUAAUAAGGUCCCUGCUGGGAAGUUCAAGAAAUUUCUCCAGUGUCUGGGGAUCAUAUAUGACCUGUGCACAACUGUCAACUCAUGGCCUUCCGACACUGACAUCCCAAGCUUGGCAUUGCGACGAACGAUCAGCAGUGUUACGGUCUACAAAAGCGGCGCCCAUCUUCUUGCCAUGUUUUUACCCGGAACAGGGGGCAAAAAAAAGGACGGCGGAGACGACAAGGACAAGACCCUGAACAUGGACCAGGCCAUGCUUACCUUUGAUCUGAUGAUAGCGAGCAUUGAAUUUGGACUUCACACCGCCGCUGGAGUGGUCGACCUCAAAGCUGGCAAUAGCGGGGCGUGGAAGAACUACAGCAAACCCAGUACAGUACAGGGGCUGGUGGGCAGUU